AGUGAGGUCACACAGCAUGGCGGCUGUGGUCGGGGGUCGCUGAGGAGGCGCCAGGCCCCGGGGAAUCCGCGUCCAUCCGCCGCCUCCCUGGUGCCGCGCGCGGUCCCGGGGCCGCGAUGGUGCCGGGAGCCGCCAGGCUCUGAGCCGCGGGCCGCGCCGCCGCCGCCGCCAUGGAGCUGCGCGUCGGGAACCGCUAUCGGCUGGGCCGGAAGAUCGGCAGCGGCUCAUUCGGGGACAUCUACCUGGGAACUGACAUUGCUGCUGGAGAGGAGGUUGCCAUCAAACUGGAAUGUGUAAAAACAAAGCAUCCUCAGCUCCACAUAGAGAGUAAAAUCUACAAGAUGAUGCAGGGAGGAGUUGGUAUUCCAACAAUUAAAUGGUGUGGAGCUGAAGGAGAUUAUAAUGUGAUGGUGAUGGAGUUGUUAGGACCAAGUCUUGAAGAUCUCUUCAAUUUUUGUUCACGAAAAUUCAGUCUCAAGACAGUCCUGUUACUUGCUGACCAAAUGAUAAGUCGUAUUGAAUACAUUCACUCUAAGAACUUUAUCCACCGAGAUGUGAAACCUGAUAAUUUCCUGAUGGGGCUGGGAAAGAAGGGCAACCUUGUCUACAUCAUAGACUUUGGGUUAGCCAAGAAAUAUAGAGAUGCUCGAACUCACCAGCACAUCCCAUAUCGUGAAAACAAAAACUUAACAGGAACUGCCCGUUAUGCAUCCAUCAAUACUCAUCUUGGAAUUGAGCAAUCUCGCAGAGAUGAUUUGGAGUCUUUGGGCUACGUACUGAUGUAUUUUAACCUGGGCUCCCUUCCCUGGCAGGGGCUAAAGGCAGCAACAAAAAGACAGAAGUACGAACGUAUCAGCGAAAAGAAAAUGUCUACACCCAUUGAGGUUUUAUGUAAAGGAUACCCUUCUGAGUUUGCUACAUACCUGAAUUUCUGCCGUUCUUUGCGUUUUGAUGACAAGCCAGAUUAUUCCUAUCUAAGACAAUUAUUCAGAAACCUGUUCCACCGGCAAGGCUUCUCCUAUGACUAUGUAUUUGACUGGAAUAUGCUCAAAUUUGGUGCAAGCAGAGCUGCUGAGGAUGCUGAACGGGAGCGAAGGGAACGAGAGGAAAGAAUGAGACAUGCACGAAAUCCAGCAGUCCGUGGCUUACCUUCCACAGCUUCUGGUAGGCUGAGAGGAACGCAAGAUGUGGCUCCUCCCACUCCUCUUACUCCAACCUCACAUACUGCUAACACCUCUCCUCGUCCAGUGUCUGGAAUGGAGCGAGAAAGGAAAGUGAGUAUGAGAUUGCAUCGUGGUGCCCCUGUCAAUAUCUCCUCAUCCGACUUAACAGGCCGACAAGAUACCUCUCGCAUGUCGACUUCACAGAAUAGCAUUCCCUUCGAACACCAUGGCAAGUAGCUGCUCGUCUCCUCCUUGGAAGGCAGCACUGGAUUCCUGCUCGGGUGACUCCCAGUGUUCUCCAGUCUGCUGUGCACCGAUGAAAAUUACUUUGCCAUGGAGGGCAGAUAAUGCAUGGCUGAUCUCCUGUAUUACCAAUGGCUUUACUAGCAAAAAUACCCCAAACUAGAGCAGAAACAUUACAGUUGGAGUUCUCCAUGCCACUUACAAAAAGAUACUCACAAGAACAUGGACAGAGACUCCAGCAGCUGCCAUUACAGGACGCUUUUGCCAGAAACCCAGUGACCUUAAGUGAACUCUGUAGCAACAGGGCUGGAAAAGGAAGAGAUGGUUUACAGAGUUAACCGCCUGUUAUUGAAUAGCCAUUUCAGUUCUCCCUCCACAGGCGGCAGACUUUACCCCUUUUUAUUAUUCUACUGUAACUAUAAAACUUUUACUUAGUUUAAGAGAAUUUUUUGUAUCAUUUUGCUAAAAUUAUUGGCUUAAUUCUCUGUAAAGAAUUCUGUCUUGCUUUUGUCUGAUUUAAAAAUGUAGAAUAUAAACCAUCCUGAAUUCAAGAUGAUGACUUGAAGUUUCUUGUAAAAUUUAGUCUGGCAGGGAACAUGUAAAUGAAUUAAAGCCAUCUGAUUUUAUUUAAACUGUUUACUUAUUUUGUAUGGGCCCGUGCUGGGGGUUUUCUCCUGAUGUUUGUUUGUUUGUUUUAGUACACAUUAUUUUGCUUUUUCUGUCUUCCACCUUUUCAAAUUUAUUCUCCAUGAAGCACAGAAGCAAUUUUGAUUUUUAUUCUUCUAUACUAUAAUUAGUAAGAGCAGCAUACAUUCUGUGUCUAGUUCCAGCAGAGGUGGUGGUAGUAACUUUUUCCCUGAAGAAUAUGAAGAAUAAAGAGAGUGAAGAGCUCUUAUAUUUAAGGAGAAUUUGGAGCUUUAACAUUGAAAGCAUGGCACAUCUCUCUUCCAUUUGAGAGGGAGGGUUGUGCAUCUUUCUUCUUGGUAAUAUCUAGGGUGGUUCUUUUUUUGGGGGGGUUGUUUCGUUUUUUGAGAGAGAGAGGUUGGGUUGGAGAGAAUUAUAAAAGAAAAUGAAUGUUGUCAUUGCAGUUUGAGUGAAUUUGCACAACACUUGCUUCAGCGCAUCCAUAUACUUUUUUCCCUUUUUUUUAAAGUGAUUCUAGUCUCCUGUUUUAAUGCCAAGACACAAAAAUAAAUGCAUGCUCCUUCUGUUUGAAAUUCUGAUUGAGUACACUAGGGUGUGUAUUUAAUUCUUUAAUAUUAGAGUAAUUUGGGUAUAUCUGGAAUCACUAGUCUUUAGCUGGAGACAAUUUAUUUUAUGACAGUUUUUGUGUAAAUCUAAGCACAGAAAGUGCUUUUGGCAAAUGUCUUUUAAGGAAUAUGGAAAAAUCCUUGUGUUUUUUAAUGUAGAACAUUUUCCUAAAGUAAUAUAUGUUUCUCCCUUACAGUAAUCGGAAUGUUAGUAGAAGUAUUAGUCGCACCAUUUGAGCAAAAUAAUGUCCGUUACCAUCUUUGUAACAAAGGUAAAAUACAUUUGUGUGUGGAGGGGAUUUGGCUUUUUUUGGCUUAAACCAACAAAUCAAAUUGCAUCCUACUUGCAAGCCAGUUGCAAACCAAUCAAUUUAUGGCUUCCAAGACCCUCAGUUUUUGUUAGGAAUAUCUUUGUAUUGAUCCAGAAUUUUGCAAACUCCUUUUCCUGUCCAGAAAUUCAUCGGCUAUAUGUCAGUCACUUUUUUUUUUUCUUUGGGUAUUUCAGACCAUUAUUUAAUUGCUUGUGUACUCUAGAUCUAUACUGGGGGAAUCCUGUGACUGGGGGAGUGCAAUGGAAAAAUUGGUUUGGUCCGUGGAUAUUUUUGCAUAACAAUCCAUUCCUCAUUUUACUGUAACUUGAGUACUGUAGGCAUGUGCACUACCAUUUGUACAGUUCUACACUUCACUGUGCUUUCUUUGUAAAUAUCUGUGGUUAAUGAUGUAAUGUUAGAGACGCUUACAAAGGCAGCCUCUUCCUUCCCUCUGUAUCUGGAACACUUAAAUUGAUGUACUAUACUUAAAAGGUGACUGCAAAUUUCUAGAAAUGUACUUGUUUGUGGGCAGUCUUGCCCUUUCAUGAUCAUUAAGUCCCAUCACCUGCAGAUUAUAGUUAAACUGUCUCUCUAAACCUGUGUAUUGGUUACCAAUAUCUCAGAACACCUCAUUUGUACUACCACUGUAUUUGUGUACUUAAACAGUUGUGUAAAUAAAUUCAUAAUGACUUCUGUU